UUUGCAACCCUGGCACCAGACAGAGAAAAAUUCGGGGAAAGGAAAGCAUUUUUUGGGCCGCGCUUGUUGUGUUGGAAAAAAUCGCAGAGAAGCCAGUUAAUUGGAAGCAGCGGCGAGCGCUCGACGAUAAGGUAACUCCGGGCAAGGACUAUUCGGAAUGGACUACCGCCAAAUGAAGAACGACGCUUACGGCAUUGGCCAGCGACGCGGAAUGGGGAGCUCCAGCGGCGUUGGUGGUGGUGGAGGAGGCGGCGGCGGCGGAAUGUAUUCCUCAAACUACGGCGGAGGUGGUAGUGGCGCCAACUUCGGCGGAGGCGGCAAUACCAGUGGCGGAGGAGGCUACGGCGGCGCUUCCGGUGGCGGAGGCUAUGGCGUCAACCGGAAUUCCAGUCCAGAUGGUGGCAACUUCAGUCGCGGCGGUGGCAACUACAACAACAACAGCAACAGUGGCGGCAACAACAGCUACCCACGUUCCGGAGACGGAGAUCGGAGCGGUUUCAAUCCGAGCAGCAACCAGCGUUUCGGCGAUAAUUUCCAGGACAAAUUUCGUGGCGGCCCGUCCUCCAAUUUCGGCCAAGUGAACAGGGGACCAUCCAAUCCGAGCAGCGUAGCCCGCUUGCUGGAGGUGGAGAACCGUAUGGACCGCAAUACGGAUGACAACUAUCGAGGUCCCCAGUCGCAGGGAAGCGGCGAUAGGUUUUUCAACGAUGAACCCAGAAAUCAGGGAUCAUUCGGUAAUUUCGGUCCCAACGAUGGAGUCCCAUUUGGCGGCAACAAUGCUCCCUCUUUUGGUGGAAAUAAUGGACCCGCUUAUGGGGGCAAUAGUGGACCUUCCUUUGCAGGAAGCGAUGUCCCUUUUGGUGGAAACACUGGUCCUUCGUUUGGAGGAAACAAUCAACGCAACUUCAACAAUGACAAUUUCCCAAAUAGAGGUACUAACUUUGAUGACCAGCGUUCCGGUUUCAAUGAUUCCUACGGUCGCGGCAGCUUUGGCCAGAACCCUGGAAACUUUGGGGACAACAAUAGGGAUAUAGGAAACUUUAACAACCGCGGACCGGCUGGAGGAGGAUCCGGAGGCCCAGGCUUUAAUCCAAACUCUGGUGGCAACUUUGGCAACAAUAAUUCCGGAGGCGGCUUUAGCAACAACUUUGGCCAGAACUCUGGAAACUUUGGGGACAACAAUAGGGAUAUAGGAAACUUUAACAACCGCGGACCGGCUGUCGGAGGAUCCGGAGGGCCAGGCUUUAACCCGCACUCUGGGGGCAACUUUGGCAACAACAAUUCUGGAGGCGGUUUUAGCAACAACAUUAGUCGCACCUUCCAGGACUCUCGCAAGAACUGGAACAAAUCACAAUCCUCAUCGUUCCCGAACUCUGGCUAUCAAUCGAACAGUGGUGGUAGUGGCGGCGGUGGUGGAAGAGGCGGCGGUGGUGGAAGAGGCGGCGGUGGUGGAGGAGGUGCCGGCGGCUCUGGAUGGGAAGCUAGUCAGCGCGCCUUCAACUCGAAGCGCAAUCAGCUGCAGAAGAUGAAUCUGAACAACGGCGGAUCUGUUCGAAAGUCAGCUCCACAGCCAGCCGCCAAGGCGGUCCAGAACUUGCGCAACAAUCCUCAGAAGGCUGAAAUCGUUAAAAGCGCGGGCUCGCCCACUCUGACCAACAACAAGCCCGCCAACCUGCGUCCGGGCAAUGCGACCGGAGUACAAAAAAAGGUGCCCGUUGCAGCACCAAAUCAGUAUAAAGUCAAUAACUUAACACCCAAUUCGAGUACGGUUGCGAUCACCAACAAGAAGCCACCGGUGGCUGCACCAGCCGUGAGGACCAGACCGCAGGCAAACAGGACAGGACCACAGGGACUAAGAACUGGACCACAGGGAUUAAGAACUGGACCUCAGGGCUUGAGAACUGGACCACAGGGAUUGAGAUCUGGACCACAGGGUUUGAGAGCUGGACCACAGCUGCAGAAGUCGGGACCACUGGCACCUAGGACUGGCCAGCAGGCAGUGAAAGGUGGACCACAAGGAGGCAAACCAGCAGGAGUGCCCAAUAGGCCACCAAAUGCUCCUGGAUUGCCCGUCCCAAUUAGUCAGAAGCGAGUUGCCCCACCUCCACCGCUGGAAACGGAGGCUGCCUCCAAGUCGGUCAAGAAAUGGCGACGCGUGGCACGCAAGCGCGGUUUCCUUAUUGGCGGAUUCAAGAUUCCCUAUCUCAACGAUCAGCCGAAGAAGCUCCCACAGCCGGAGGCAGACUCAUAUGCAUUGACCUUCUUCGAACAAACCUUCAAUUACAGUACAAACCAGGACGCCACCGAGGAGGACUUCGUAGAGGCGGCCGUAGUGCUCAACGAAGAUUCGGAAGACGAAUCGGUGGCCGACGACGCCAAGUCGGCACGCAAGAUUGCAAAGCGCAACAGGAAACGCAUACGGUCCGAUUGGGCACCGCUUAACGAAUCGAAGAAAUAUAAUGAUUGGGGCAACUGGUGGAAGGACUACAAGAAUGUUGGCGAGGAGAUCGACCAGCAGCUGUUGGAGUGUGGCAACUUGAACCUCGAGCAUUGCUUCCUACCCAAUCUGCCCAAGCUCACCACAGAGCAGGUGGUUUGCGCUAUCAUAAAGUCGGCACACUUCGGUCUCGAGAAGAAUGCCGACGUGCCGUACGACACAAUGAAGACGAUCUUUACGUUGAUGAACCGCACCUUCCUGGAUAACCUUACGGAGUUGAACAUGGUGGAGAUACAGGACAUCAUUCGCGGCAUACCCAAUGACCUGUGGGUUUACAAAUUGCGCAGCAUGGUCUUCCUGUGGGCCAAGUACAAGGCCAUUACCAAUUCCAAGUCCACCGCCGAGGACGACGUCAAGGAUCAGCAGGCGAUUGCGCGCGAAUGGAAGAGUCCAUGCUUCCACUGGCUGGCCAAACAGGCUUUCGACGAGCUUGUGGCAAUCAGCGAAACCGAAUGGAAAGACCAUCGUACUGUCUUUCCCUCUAUAGAGUAAUGUAAUUUGGAAACUAGACAUCCCCUCCUUCUCAACAGCCGCACAUGCGCUGGACCCAUCAGAGGAGGGAACAGAGCGUAGGUUCUUCUUCAGCAUUAUUUUAUGGAUUGUACGAGUCUGCAUCUAGUUGUAUUAGAGACCUUAAUUAUUGCACACACGAAGAACCAUCCUCCUGACUUUAAGAUGUAGAUUGUAAUUAUGUCGCAAUGCUUUUACAAAUAAAUAACUUACCCAGAGGGGCGUCUCUUGCGCCCUGGGAAACAACUAUAAUACUGA